GCGAGCGAGGCGCGCAGCCGGGUGGGCUGAGGGGGCGGCGGCGGCGUGGGAGCCGGGGAAGUUUGGGCAGGCGCUGGUGGCACCGGGUUCCUGAGCCACGCUCAAGCCCUGAGAACCAGCGGACAGGCGGACCGACUUCCAGACGCCCUCGGGCCCGCAGCCGUCAUUUCGCAUCCUCUUGCUUGGAGAAACUUGUGAGUGUCUAGAAUGUCAUCUGUCCAGCACCUGGUUUAUGCAGUUAUUCGUUUCUUACGGGAACAAAGUCAGAUGGAAGCAUAUACUUCUGAUGAACAAGAAAGUUUGGAAGUGGCCAUUCAGUGCUUGGAGACCGUUUUUAAGAUCAGCUCAGAAGACACACACUUGGCAGUGUCACAACCUUUGACCGAAAUGUUCACAAAUUCCUUCUGUAAGAAUGACAUCCUGCCCCUCUCAAACUCAAUGCCUGACGAUGUGGGAAAAGCCGAUCAAUUAAAAGACGAAGGCAAUAACCACAUGAAGGAAGAAAACUACACUGCCGCCGUGGCUUGUUACACGCAGGCGAUAGAACUGGACCCCAACAACGCCGUCUAUUAUUGCAACAGGGCUGCUGCUCAGAGCAAAUUAAGUCACUACACAGAUGCAAUAAAGGACUGUGAGAAAGCAAUAGCAAUUGACUCAAAGUACAGCAAAGCCUACGGGCGAAUGGGGCUGGCCCUCACUGCCAUGAAUAAAUUUGAAGAAGCAGUUACAAGUUACCAAAAGGCAUUAGAUCUUGACCCUGAAAAUGAUUCCUAUAAGUCAAAUCUGAAAAUAGCAGAACAGAAGUUGAGAGAAGUGUCCAGUCCUACAGGAACUGGAUUGAGCUUUGACAUGGCUAGCCUGAUAAACAAUCCAGCUUUCAUUAGUAUGGCAGCAAGUUUAAUGCAAAAUCCUCAAGUUCAACAACUGAUGUCGGGGAUGAUGACAAAUGCCAUUGGGGGACCUGCUGCCGGGGUCGGGGGCCUCACUGACCUGUCUAGCCUCAUCCAAGCGGGACAGCAGUUUGCUCAGCAGAUACAGCAGCAGAACCCCGAGCUCAUCGAGCAGCUGAGGAAUCACAUCCGGAGCCGAUCCUUCAGCAGCAGUGCCGAGGAACACUCCUGAUUCCACGGCGGCCCGAGGCCAAUCUGUACAUAGCGCUCCGCCCCCUCAAGCACUGUAUCUGAUGCUUGAAAACCAUGGAGGGGAACCUCUUGUGUAUAUUCUUAAAGAAGAAAUCUGUAAAGACGAUAGAUUUAUCACAACACACACCUGAACAUCACAUGACUCCUUUGGAAAUGAACCAAUGCCCUGGAGUCCUGGGACGAGGUUCCCAUUUUCCAACUUGUACCACCAUCAUGUGUGUACAUCAGACUCAACAGCAGAGUGUAUUCAUUGGACAGUGGGGCUGUGUGUUGGUGAAUUCCACUGCUCCAAAUUCCAUUAAGCAGAUUUUUUUUUUUUUUUGAGGGGAGCUAUCUAAGGGAAAUAUUUCCCACUGGUUCAGAAGAAAUAUAUGCUACUAAGCAGCAUUUCAGGAGAGCAGACUCUCACAGUUUAGGUUUAGCUCUGAUAAGGAAGAUCAGUGGAAAAGAUUUAUCCUAAGUUCCAGGGUUUUUUAAUGCUAUUGAUUCUGAUGAGUGACAAGGUAUCUAUUUGCUGCUAGAAAGUGGUUAUUGGGUGAAAGGGCUGUUUUAGCAAGAAAGAUAAAAACCCAGAGAAUGUGAAUGUAUAGAAAGUGAAGGAGGAAUGUUCAGGUUGUCUGCAUGGCUCCAGAAGUGACAACACUCACAAGGCCAGCUAUGCCAAGGACAUAAUAAAAAUACAUUUUGAAAUCUGUAAUGGUACUGGUUUCAUCAGGGCUGAAACUGUUCUUAAUUCCCCUGGUGGUGACUUUAUCUUGGAAAUGAUCAAAUUCUCAUCUAUCUAUAUUCAAAUCAGCCACAGCCCUGGCUCCAAUAAUUUUCUAAGUGGGAUUCAAUUAUGUGUCCGUAAACAUUUUUUUUUAAACUAAGGAUCACCACAAGCUCUUAUCACUAACUUUGCUUGUUUAUUCAGUUUUGUUAGAUUUGUCUUGGCAUAUCAGUCUUAAGUUUAAUCUAAAAUCAUUUGAACAGGAGAUAACAUAUUUUAUCAUGCGCUGGAUGUCAACUGGUUAGAGAGAAAUUGUGUUAGGUGUUAAUGGCAUGGCUCUAACUAGUGAUGGAUGACCCAGUUCUAAUUCCAAAUGGAAUUUUCUUUUUGUUUAUUAAUCAUGAAAUUGGUGAAAUGAGGCUAAUGUGAUCAUUUCACAAAUGUAAGAGGAAACUGAAAAAGAGAGUGGUAUGAAAUUAAAUCAGUAAGUCGAUGAUCAGGGCCUUACUGGAA